AUUCCGUCACACAACCCUAUCUGUUGUUACUUCUAGCUUCACUAAUGGCCAAUCCAAUUCUCUAUUGAUUUUGACUCCAAUUUCCAAAAAAAACAACUAAUAUAAGAAAAAAAAAAACACACAACUCAAAUCUCAAAUCUAAAACCGCAGAUUUCAGAAAUCGCCAUGGCUUCAGUGACACUGGGUUCAUGGAUUGUUGUUCACCACAAUCAUCAUCAUCAUCAUCAUCAUCUUCCUUGUUCAAUCUUAACCAAAUCCAGAUCCAGAUCUUCUUCUUCUUCUUCUCCCAUAACUCAUACUAAACCCAUCUCUCUUCGUUCAAAACGCACCGUUUCAUCUUCUUCAAUCGAGACUUCUUCUUCCGUUGUUACAAAAGAAGACAAUCUCCACAAAUCUGAACCAUCCUCUUUCGAUUUCAUGUCUUACAUCAUUACCAAAGCCGAAUCAGUCAACAAAGCUUUAGAUUCAGCUGUUCCUCUCCGUGAGCCACUCAAGAUCCACGAAGCCAUGCGUUACUCUCUCCUCGCCGGUGGAAAAAGAGUUAGACCAGUUCUAUGCAUCGCCGCUUGUGAACUCGUCGGCGGCGAAGAAUCAACCGCUAUGCCUGCGGCUUGCGCCGUCGAGAUGAUCCACACCAUGUCGUUGAUCCACGACGAUCUACCUUGUAUGGAUAACGACGAUCUCCGCCGUGGAAAACCGACGAACCACAAAGUGUUUGGUGAAGACGUAGCUGUUUUAGCCGGAGACGCGCUUCUCUCGUUCGCGUUCGAGCAUUUAGCGUCGGCGACUUCUUCCGAUGUUGUAUCUCCGGUGAGAGUGGUUCGAGCCAUUGGAGAAUUGGCUAAAGCAAUCGGAACAGAAGGAUUAGUGGCGGGUCAAGUCGUUGACAUUAGCAGUGAAGGGUUAGAUUUAAACGACGUCGGUUUAGAGCAUUUGGAGUUUAUCCAUUUGCAUAAAACGGCGGCGUUGCUUGAAGCUUCUGCGGUUUUGGGAGCGAUCGUUGGUGGAGGAAGUGAUGAUGAGAUCGAGAGGUUAAGAAAGUUUGCGAGAUGUAUUGGUUUGUUGUUUCAGGUGGUUGAUGAUAUCUUGGAUGUGACGAAAUCGUCGAAAGAGUUAGGGAAAACUGCUGGGAAAGAUUUGAUUGCUGAUAAAUUGACGUAUCCGAAGAUUAUGGGUUUGGAGAAAUCGAGAGAGUUUGCUGACAAGUUGAAUAGAGAGGCUCGUGAUCAGCUUUUAGGGUUUGAUUCUGCUAAGGCUGCUCCUUUGUUGGCUUUGGCUAAUUACAUUGCCUAUAGACAGAACUGAUUGUGUUCCGAUUCCUUUUGUCGGGAAUCAUUAGACUGAAAUUGUAGAAAUCUCGGACUGGUUCUAGAGUUUGUUGGUGUAAUCAUCUCUAUGUUUCCAUGUACUAAAAAAAAUUUGGAUAGUAAAACUGGAUAGUAAUGGAUGCAAUAUUAAGAGGUUCAUGUGUUUGUAAUAGAGUCCCUGUUUGGAUUUUAAAGUCUUUUUUGAAUAUGUAAGUCUCUCUUCUUUUGGAUCUGUUUUGUUAUGAUGAACGAUGUGGUUUUAGACU